AUGUGGCGCCUGCCCCCCUGGAGCCACCUGCAAGAUGGUGCAAAACCCUGGACCUGGCGUGUUACCGGCUAUGGCCUGACGGCUACCGGCUGUGUCAAGGGUGAGACUCCACUCUCUCUCUCCUCACUCGCCCCACUCUCUUCUCGCUCGCCCUGCUGUCUCCUCUCCACACUCCCAUUCGUGUAUUGCCCCACUACCCCACUAUCCCCUCUCCCCACCAUCGCCUUUCUCCCCACCAUCGCCUCUCUCCCCACUCUUCCGUCUCCCACUCUUCCGUCUCCCACUCUUCCGUCUCCCACUCUUCCGUCUCCCACUUUUCCGUCUCCCACUCUUCCGUCUCCCACUCUUCCGUCUCCCACUCUUCCGUCUCCCACUCUCCCGUCUCCCACUCUCCCCACUCCCACUCUCCCGUCUUCCACUCUCCCGUCUUCCACUCUCCCAUCUCCCACUCUCCCCACUCCCACUCUCCCCACUCCCACUCUCCCGUCUCCCACUCUCCCCACUCCCACUCUCCCCACUCCCACUCUCCCGUCUCCCACUCUCCCCACUCCCACUCUCCCCACUCCCACUCUCCCCACUCCCACUCUCCCCACUCCCACUCUCCCACUCCCCCUCUCCCCUUUCCCACUCUCCCCUUCCCCACUCUCCCCUUCCCCACUCCCCCCUCUCCCCACUCCCCACUCUCCCCACCCACCCCACUCUGUCCUUCACCUUUCUCUCUCUGUCAAGUUGGCUUAA